AGUCAUUUUCAGCACGCGCAUGACGUCAGACGUGUAUCUGAAAGCUCGACAAAUUUCGCGCGCAAUCUCUUGUUCAACAUUUUCGUAAAAUAUUAAGAUUCUGUUUUUAAAUAAAGUGUUCCUUUUAUGAACAUUUAAAAAUCAUGGAACAAUAAAGAAGUUUGAAUGUGAUUUAAAGAAUUGAUUAAUGUAUAACUUUUUAAAAGAAUAAGUGGCGUUAAAGAAAUCAAGUUUCCGAUUGGCUUUUGUCGGCAACUAGUGAAAUGGAAAUUAUUGAUGACAGAUUAACGUUUUCCCUACUUUCGAGCGUUAGUUCUAGAGUGAAUAAUGCAGCUACUUCUCCGAGAUUAGAAGGCGAACGUUGAAAAUGUUUCCGAAUGUGACAGUGAAUGAUUUCGACCCGUUAGCGGGGUUGAACUUGAGUGUGGCGUUCAAUAGCUCGUUUCAGUUCGGCUCCGAAAUCGACAUAUUAUUUCAGCCGGAAAGUGUGUUGAUCACGUUGUAUGUGCCGGUGAUUUUAUUUUCAUUGGUGGCGAACAUUGUUCUGAUCGUGGUGGCGGUGAAAUGCAAUUACACGAAAAACGUCACUAAUAUCUUCCUGGUCAAUUUGUCUGCCGCCGAUCUCCUAGUCACUGGCAUCUGUAUGCCUAUUCAGCUCAGCAAAGCCAUAACCCUAGUCUGGUUUUACGGGGAGACCGUCUGCAAGAUCGUCAGCUACAUUCAAGGAGUGGCAGUAGCAGCCAGCGUCUUCACACUCACAACCAUGUCUGUUGACCGGUGGCUGUCCAUAUCACCAGAGCCACGUCUGAGACCUCCUGGGCGGAAACAGGCUUUGAUGCUGCUCUCACUACUGUGGAUUGCAGCGCUACUCAUAUUUAUACCGGUGUUGUGGGUGGCAACCGUGCAGCGGGUGGCAGUACCGAUAAUAUCAAAAACUUAUAAGACUAUUUCGACUCGUGAUGUACACUUCUGCACAGAAGACUGGCCCGGUUACGAGUCGAGGAAGCAAUUUGGGACCUUCAGCUUUACUAUAGUUUACGCGAUACCCGGUUCCAUCACCAUCCUGUCAUACGCUUGUAUGGGCAGGACUCUAUGUUCUGUGAGGCCUCCGUUCGACAUCGACGAGGGAAACAUUAGUAUGCAGCAGGGCUUAAGACUGAUGAAGGAAAGGAAACGGGUAGCCUGGAUCUUACUGCUUCUAGCUGUUCUAUUUGCGCUAUGCUGGUUGCCAUACAACAUUAUGCAGCUGCUUUUGGAUUUCAAUGCCGUCAAUCCUAAGGACCUGAGCAUGUUCCUGCCAUAUGCAUUGUUCAUCGGUCAUGCAAACUCCGCUAUAAACCCAAUAGUGUACUGCUUAAUGACAAGAAACUUCCAGAGGUCUGCGAAAAAACUGCUGUGCGGCCGAGGUGUUUGUCAACAAACACACUUCACAUGGCGAUGCACACAGAAGCCAGAGGGUUCGUCGAGUGAUUACGAAUUGUACCACGAGCCUCACAAGAGGUGCUAUAUACAGAUGAACACUCUCCGGUACAACGGACACGCUCACGGCACGCACAUAGCACGCGGUAUAGAGACCCGUGCACAAACCACUCAGCUGAGUCACGUGACGCGCUCCUCACGGCGCACAGCACCAGCGCACGCCCUCUCCGCCGAGAUGUUGCAACGACACGGACACAUAGACUUCAAGCACUGAUACGCACAGCACUCGUGCAUUGAUAUACAGAGGCAAUGCACGUGCACUCUUAACACUUUUAAGUAGUGUAAAAAGUGAAAAAAAAAUCUCUUUUAGUUAACCGUGCUAAUUAUAUAUAAUUAAUUAUACACGGAUAUGGUGCGACAAGUGAUUUGUAAGUAUUUUAAAAAAGUGAAGUGAAAUAGCCAGAGUGCUUGCAUUUAUAUGGUCAAAAGGAUUUGGCAAAUAAUUUGUUUUGGCCACUCGAAAAAUGGAUAAAACGUAUUUUAUAGACAUCGAGUGCUGUAUGCAUAACAUAACAUUACCAUAUAUAAUAGUGAGAGUAUUAUUAUUAUAUUUUGUCUGCGAAGGCUGGACUGUGUACAAUUAUAAAACUAUAGUGGUGUAUAAAUUAUAUCAAUUCUGCUGUAGUCUAAUUUUAAUUAACUUGUUAAUAAACGUUAUCGUAUUCAAAAAGAACUUGUUCGAUAAAAAAAGUAAAAAAAAAUCCCAGCCUUAAUUUAUUAUUAAAAAUAAAACUCGGCAAUUUAAUAUGAUGCAGUGAAUGUUAAAUUUCACUAGGUGCAACUGAUGGUAAGCCACUUUAAAGCUAACGAAAUCACCUUAAUGCUUUCCCAGUAUUAUGAAUCUUACAACAUCUUGUAAUGCCAAUCAUUAAAGCUUUCACAUUUUUGAGAAUCAGUUAAGAGCUUUUUGUUCGAUAAGAAAUGUGACCAGGAAUUACAUAAUUAUUUUUCAUAAAUAGGUUUUAAGUAAACUAAGUAAAUGUUUCAUAACAUUCAUUUUGAACAGAUUCUACAUAGUUAUAACGUAAUAAGUUCCCCACUGCUCAACUUUAAUGCCCGUUAUCUGUGCCGUUUCUUGAUAAAUAAAAAAAUACAGUUAAUAUGAUAUAUUGAAGUACUUUAUAUAAUUUCUUCUUUUUUUUACCCAGUCAUCACCCAGUAGCCAUUAUCACUAUUAUCUUUCACUAGCUUUCCG